AAAUUCUUGGCUUUAGAAGGAAGACGAAACUUUUAAGCAACUGAAGACCUUUCACUUUCUAUCAUACUCUAUAUUUUGUAAGAAAAUCUCUUCUUAAUACUCGGAAGGAACUGGAAUACAAUAAAGCACUGGAAUCUAAUGACACUUCUCUCCCAAGAUUAAAGAUUGAAGAUUCUAGUGAUGGAAAUUCUCUCUUACAGUUCUUCACCAUGUUGUCAUGUUGUGAAUUUGAACUGGAAAUUAGUUGUUAAUAGCUCAAGUUUUCAACCCAAGAUCUCUCCUUUAAAAAAAGCCAGAGUUUUUUGUGCUAAAGUUGAUUCUGGAAGUGGGUCUUUGGGAUUUUAUAAGUUCUUGGGAAACCCUAAUAACCAAGAAAAUUUUGGGUCAGAAAAUGCCCUUUUGAGCCCCAAACGUGUUGAUACUAAGGUCUUGAGUGGAGGCUCUGAUGGUUAUGUAAUUGGUGAUGAAGAGGAAGCAAGAAGGCUUUCAGGAACUGGGAAAUCAGUGACAAAGGUUCUGAUUCCUGGUUUACCAGAUGAAUCCAAUGCUGAAUCCGCUGCCGAAAUCAGUAGCUGCUUCUGGGAAUGGAAGCCAAAAUUUAAUGUCCACUAUGAUAAAGCAGGGAGUGAGAAUGUGAGCUCACCACCAGUAUUGUUUCUUCCUGGUUUUGGUGUUGGUUCCUUUCAUUAUGAGAAGCAGUUAAAGGAUUUGGGCCGCGAUUAUCGAGUGUGGGCAAUCGAUUUUUUAGGUCAAGGCAUGUCCUUGCCAUCUGAAGAUCCUGCUCCUUUGUCCAAGGAAGGAGAUCAAUUUGUUGGGACAGAUCUUUCUUGGGGCUUUGGAGAUGAAACUGAACCUUGGGCAAGUGAGCUUGUUUACUCUAUUGAUUUGUGGAAGGACCAAGUUCGUUGUUUCAUAGAGCAGGUCAUUGGAGAACCGGUUUAUCUUGUUGGGAACUCGUUGGGAGGAUAUGUGGCCUUAUAUUUUGCAGCUAGCUAUCCUCACCUGGUUAAGGGUGUUACAUUACUCAAUGCUACCCCUUUCUGGGGCUUUCUACCAAACCCAAUGAGAUCUCCAAGAGUAGCUAAGUUCUUCCCAUGGGCUGGAACAUUUCCUAUUCCAUCACGCGUUAGAAAGCUCACAGAACUUCUUUGGCAGAAAAUAAGUGAUCCUAGUAGCAUUGCAGAGAUACUCAAGCAAGUCUAUGCAGACCAUUCGACAAAUGUAGAUAAAGUGUUUUCGUGCAUACUUGAAACGACACAGCAUCCAGCUGCUGCUGCAUCGUUGGCCUCGAUUAUGUUUGCUCCUCAGGGACAACUCUCGUUUCAAGAUGCCUUAUCUAAAUGUCGAAUGAACGACCUACCAAUCUGUCUCAUGUAUGGGAAAGAAGAUCCUUGGGUGAGGCCAGUUUGGGGCCUUGAGGUGAAACGCCAUGUACCUGAAGCUCCAUAUUAUGAGAUUAGCCCCGCCGGUCACUGCCCCCAUGAUGAAGUUCCUGAGGUUGUAAAUUUAUUGUUGCGUGGAUGGAUUAAGAACGUAGAGUCACAAGGCUCGGUUGUGCUACCUCUGCUCGAAGAACUCGACAGUACCGACUUUAACAUUGCCAGAGACUUGGAAUUCCCCAGAGAUGGAUCAAAGAAAGCAGUGAACGUGCGGUUCUUUGGUUCCAAUAUCUCACUUUGGAAUUGGAUAAGUUCUUAUAUCAGAGCGCACUUGGGAGACUUGAAAUUUAAAUCUUAGCAGUAGCACCAAUAUGGUAAAUUCUUAGAUGUAAUUAUAUUCUCUGAUUCAUUAUUAUAUUGAUUAAGUCAUUCAGUAGCAA